GUAACUCGUAACAAACAAGACGGUCAAACAAAGAAGAGUUAUCUAGAAAUGGAAAAUGGCGGUAGCAGAUAGCGGUGUUCUAUUUUGUUUAUUUUUAAUUGCUUUUCAAGGAAUUUUAAACACCGUUGUUGUAGAAGCAUUAAAAUGUGAUGAGCAAGGAAAGUUUGGCUGGCGGUGUAGAUUUACGUGUAAUUGUAUAGAUGGCUCGGAGUGCGAGAAGGAGACAGGACACUGUAAAGAAGGCUGUGCUGAGGGAUUUUAUGGUACCGGGUGCCAGUUCAAAAAUGAAUACAUUUAUGGCCGUGAACAAGGCAAAGGGUACAUGGGAAAAGUAGAUGAAACUGGUGACAAUAAAAAGUGUCUGAGUUGGGACGACCCAAAAGUGACGGCAAAACAGAAGGAUUAUCGCAAGAAUAACUUUCCAGAUGAAGAAAUACCAGGACCUUACUGCAGAAAUCCCCUUGAUCCAGAAAUUCUGGCGUACUCAAAAUCUCCUUGGUGCUACACACUUAAUAACAAAACAAAACAAGUGGAAUUUGGUCACUGUUCACAGUUGAAAGUUACAGUAUGCCCUGACUAUCUGUUUGGAGACAAAUGUGAUAAAGAAUGUCACUGUUCCAAUGAAACAGAGAUAUGUCAGAAGGACACCGGCUACUGUAAGCAAAACUGCCAUGCUGGUUGGAUGGGCAUAGGUUGUGACCAACCCUGUGUAUACAACAAGUAUGGUAUAGAUUGUAAAAAAUUGUGUGGCCACUGUCAGUUUGAUUCCUGCGAUCAUGAGACUGGAAUAUGUCUGAAAGGCUGUAAAUCUGGAUUCCAUAAUGCCUAUUGUACACAGAAAUGUGGUAGUGGAGUGUAUGGUGUAAACUGCAAGGAGAGGUGUGGGCGGUGUAGACAUGGUGACUGUGACCCAGAAACUGGAGAAUGUCUUGGAGGCUGUCUCCCUGGGUACACUGGUCCACUCUGUAAAGACAGCUGUCCAAAUGGAAAGUAUGGUUAUGGAUGUUCAGAAAGGUGUCCAUACUGUCAUAACAGAGGUCCAUGUCACCCGGAGACGGGAGUUUGUGAGCGGGGCUGUGCCCCAGGAUAUAUGGGCCAGAGCUGUGAUAUGGAAUGUCUAGACGGAUUUUUUGGAGCAAACUGUACAAGGGCUUGUGGUCACUGUUUGUCAGGAAAGCCAUGUGACAAGUAUACAGGUCAGUGUAUCGAGGGAUGUGACAAGGGAUAUGCUGGCAGUGACUGUUUUGCAGCCCCAGUACAGGUGAAGGAAGGUUCAAUGGCUGGUGGUAUUGUUGGAGGAAUCAUUGCCGGCAUCGUUGUCACUGCCAUUGUUAUAUUUCUACUGAUAUACAGGAAGAGGAGGUUCCGUACAAAGAUGAUAGUGACGCGUGACCUCAGUAUGUCUGCACCAGAGAAAGAAAUUGUCAUAGAUAAUGUUGAGGAGACUAGUAUGUUACUACGAUCAUCAUCAGCUGCAGAAGUAAAUGGGCCAGUUGAUGAGGAAGAUUCUGUUGACAAUAUUUAUGACAAAACUACACAUGAACCCAUCUAUGUGAAUGUCAACACAAAGAACUUACGCAACCCAAUCAAUGUUGAUGAUCUUCAUUCAUUUAUAAACAAGGCCAAAGACAAUGAUUAUGCAAUAAUGCGGGCAGAACAUGGGGACCUGCCCACUGGUUUGCUGGCACUUUGUCAUACUGCUUUAAAACCCGAGAACAAGGCAAAGAACAGAUACGCUGACAUCAUAGCAUGGGUACAACUGUAAGCAAGCCUACAUUGCAUCUCAGGGUCCAAACAAAGCUAUGUUAGCAGAUUUCUGGAGAAUGAUCUGGCAAGAGAAAGUCACAAAGAUCGUCAUGUUAACAAAUCUUGUAGAAACAUACAAG